CUUGGUUCACAUGUGUGUAACAAGAUGGUGCAUUAAAUAUUGAUUUUGUUUCAAAGUAUUUUGCCAUCAGAUGUCAGUAAAAACUAUACACUAAAAAAUGGCGUUGUGUGACAGUAUCGUCAGGAAAACAUUAAUGAAUUUGGAACUGUUCUUACAGAAAGCAGCAACACUUGACAUUUUUGAAACCUUGAUAUUCAAUUAUAAGGUGAAAAUGGGAUUGCUUGAUCCAUUAGCAGUUCAUUUCCUGACCAUUGUAACAGAGCUGGCAAAUCAACUACAGCUUCUCUCUAAGGAAAGUAGUGAACAGAAGGAAUUUGUGGACACACUUCAGAUUUCAGUUUCAAAUUCAGACUUGAACAUAACAGAGUCAAAUUCUCAGACAAGUGAACCAGCAGCAUUGUCAGUUAAAACAGAAGACUUGGCAGGCAAGGAAGAGCCAUUAGCACUCUCUUUAUACAGUGAUGACAACAUCUCUGAAACACAAAUUCUCACUAAGAAUUCUAAGAUACAUGUUUGUAUGGUAUCACGUAAGGAAACUGGAAGUGCACGAUUAAAACAGAGAGCAAUUAAGUUAUCACAUAUAAAGAAAAAUGAAAGUCAAGAAAAACAAGUGAGAAAGAAUGAAACAGCAUCAGAAAUUACUGAAGUCAAAUGUUUUAAGUGUGAGAUAUGCAGUUGCAAUUUUGUUAACGAAACAAAAUUAGCCGUACAUGUUGCAAAAUGUCAGGAAGAUGUACGAUCAGCAACCAAAGCAAAAUCUAGAGGCAGUAAAAUACACAGUUGUAAAAACUGCAAUAUGGUGUUCACAGCAAGAAAAUUCUUAACAGCACAUAUAAGACGGACUCACAAAAUAGGAGGUGACAUAACCUCUGAAGACAUCAACAAAGCCUCGUGCACAGUACCAGAAGUCUCGACAAGGCUAAAUGACCAAAUACAAUCACUACCUGAGAAUUUGCCUUUCUACUGCUGUAAUAUGUGCUUAGUGGUGUUCAAGACUUGCAAGGAGUUUGAAGUGCAUAUUUGCAAGAAUGGAGGAAACAAUCUGGAUGGAGAAACCACGUUGCAUAAUUAUAUGCAGUUAACUGAAAGGCAGUUGAUAACAGACCUGGAAAUACUGACGUCCCUAAAGAAGUACAAGUGUGGAUUGUGCCACGAAGAAUAUCGCAGCAUGGCACGCAUGUCAUAUCACCUCCCACGCUGUACUCAGGGACCCUACAAGUGUGAACUAUGUACUGAGGAAUAUACGUUCAAGAAGGACCUUAAUCUGCAUAAAAAGAAAUCACAUAGGGGUGCAAAUAGUUUCUUCUGUGAUGAAUGUGGUCUUACGUUCAAGUUCCGAACAUCACUCCAGAAGCAUAAAGUGAAGCGCCAUGAAACAGAGCAAUGUCCAUUUUCAUGUGAAGAGUGUGGUAAGAACUUCACAAAGCGCAUACAGCUCACAAACCACAAAAUUAACACCCAUCGUAUUGAAAGGAAAUUUUUAUGUCAGAUGUGUGGAAACAAGUUCAGCAACUAUGGCAGUUUAAUGGCACACCUUGAUACUCACACUGAAACACGCAGAUUCUCUUGCAGUUAUUGUAGCAAGAUGUUUCGGCUGAAGGAGAAAUUGAAAUACCAUACAAGGAUACAUACAGGUGAACGACCACAUCUGUGCCAGACAUGUGGUAAAGGUUUCAUCCGCAAAUCAAAAUUGGAUGAACACAUGCGGCGUCAUCGCGGAGAGAAACGUUACCAUUGCUCUAUUUGCAAUAAGUCAUAUGCAGCUGGCUGGGAUCUGAAACUUCAUAAUAAGAAGCAGCACCCAGAUUCUGUCGACUCUGUAUCAGCCGCAACAGCUUCGCCUCCUGUUUCUGUUGAAAACAUUUCGACGUCUCACUUGUCAAGUGAUCGCAACGAGAAUGAAGACCCUGAUGACCCACUAGUGGUGUCAGGUCCGAAUGAAGACGGUGAAAUUGCAGCCGCGACGCCUGAACAAACGUCGGCAGUGGAGAACUUACCAGAACAGAUGAAUUUGGGUUCUGUGCCGACGGAUUCCCAAGUUGAUAGAGACAAGUCUAGAAUUCUGGUUCAGCUGAAUUCAAGUCAACAACAAGACAGUCAAGAAAUUAUCAAAAAUGAAAAAGUGAACGCCAGUAUUUUAGUGCAGUUGAACUCGAUGCAGACGCAGAAUAUGCCAGUUACCCAGGAAGGGACCGUAGGAAAUUCAAAUUCGAGGAUAUUAGUGCACUUGGAACCGACACAAAUUCAAAACCAGCCUCUCAUUGUGAACAGUAAUGCAACUAACGGUAACUCAAAGAUCAUCGUGCAGCUAGACGCAACACAGCAACAUCAGCUCCAAGCAAUGUCCCAAGGCAGCGGAGUCGGCGAUUCAAGCCCCAACAGGAUCCUCUUACAGAUAGAUCCUGCACAGUCACAAAGCGCCCACACUGCGCUUAUCCAGAACGGAAAUGCUGCUGCAAACAGUUCAAGAAUCUUGCUUCAAUUGGACCCCGGACAGAAUCAGUCUCUACCUCCCAAUACUGUGUUUACUUUAGCUGAUGCUGUUCACUUGGCUCCGUUAGUUGAUGAUAUGAACCUUGGAAAUGUGACGUCCCAGUACAUCCAACUCACGACUGCUCAGCCGGACAAUCCUGUAGCGUCGACAGAUGCGGUGACAAACGGAAGUAACGGUGUCCCCCUUCACAUUCAACUCCCCAUGUCAGCUGUUCAGAUACCUGUGUCGGCUAUUUCGCAGCAAGGAUCCAGUUCGACUGCGUACGAAUUGCAGUCGCUGUCUGUUCACGGACAGCCGGGUCUGGUGUUCACGUCUGCAGGAUUUGAUGUUAGUAGCAUAACUUACUGAUUAAAAUAAAGCUGUCCCGCUACGUGCCGUGGAGGCAUUUGGGACGGAGAGGAGAUAUAGCUCCUGCUCGUCUUCGAUCACAGCUCUAGGUGGGGAUGAGCGGUCAGUAUCGCGCCCCGGCCACACUUCAUCUCCUGGGAGAGGAUCCUCGGUGCUCUGAAUGGGAGGCUGGGUCAGUUCCGGAGACGCUAUAGUAAAACUCUUUUGCCCUUGCUGGGGAUUGAAUCUUGGUCACCUAGUCUGCAGUCAUGCGCUGUAUCGACUGAGCUACCCCAGUUCCUGACUUAUAAACGGUGGUAUGAAUGUGAGAUUUUAGUUUCUCACAGUGAAGAUGGCGAUGUUUGUCUUUGGGUUGUAGCCACCGUUUGGAGAAACAUAGGCCCACUUUCUCCAUCUUCAACCCUGAAGAUUGAGGCAGUAUUGGUGUCUGCCUGCAAGUAAACACAACAUUACAACCCAGAGGACCAACAUCGACAGUUUUACAAAUGGUUUGGGUUGUGGAGGGCUUCGGUUAAUUCGGUGAUGAACCUUCGGGUUCGGUAAGCCAUCUAGUUAGUUAGUUAGUUAGUUAUUUCUAAUCUCUGGCGGUGUAUGCUAACAAAAAGUGCCUAAAGCAAGGCCUGUCAGAGCAGCUUGCGAAGCGGAACGAUGUGGCUCUCUUAGAUUUUGCAAAAAUCCCCUCAUUGAAGCGCAGAAAUGUUGGCAGACUUACAACAAAUUAUAGUGUUUUUGUAUAAUUUUCAGUACUGUACUUUCAAUAUGAUGUUGUUCGUGGGACUUGGAAUUAUUAUUCUGCAUUUUUAAUUGUUAAGAUUAAAUUAGUGUCAAAAUACCAGUGUAUAAAUAACCAUUAUACAUCAGGUUUAAGAAUAAUUAAUUACAUUUUCAGUAUUGUGCACAUAUGAGACCCAUCUUUCCUUUCUCUAGCGAUGAUGCCUGGGCCACGUCAGGUUAUAAAAUUGACCCGGAAGCAAAUCUGAGUUUGACAAACGCAGUCAUUUACGGUAAUAAUAAAACCGCAUGUGAUGGAAAUGA